GACAACCUCCAAAAGCAACACCGAGGGGUUUUGGAUAACUCAGAAAAGAGGACUUUAAAACCAUGCAUGUAAUGAACCUCGAAUUUUAAUUUAUAAAUCCGGGACAUACUUUUGUGUCAUACAUUUGGAAAACAACUCUUUUUCAUUUUGGACGUUUUGUUCGAAACGCGUAUGAAAACCAGUGAUGGACACAUAUUUUUGACAAUAUUAUUAAUAGCGCAGACUAUGGGGGAUGUGGAGAAUGCAUGUCGAACAUCUUUGAAGUAUUGUUUAAAAUUGUUGGACCAUUAAAAUGACAACAUUUUUUGCAGCGGAGUUAAAACAACAUCCCGCUGAUUAGAAUAACAUCCUACAGCUAUCGGUUGCCUAAUGGAUCUCAGUCAGAUCAAAUGAAACUGUUACAUCUGAUUUGUCAAGAGCGACUCCAGCAAUUUGCAACCUUCGGAUUUUAACAGUUUAGCAUGGAUCUUUUGAGAUUUGCCAGACAUUGUAUGUACAUUGCAUGGCUUGGCUUCUUAUGGAGGAGUGCAGCAGAUCAGCCCAGCCUGACAGACCACCUGCAGUCUGCCAAUGGACUAUCUGAACUGUGUGGUAUCGAUGAGCUUCUUUGUCAUGAUGAAAAUGCUCUGUUAAGUUUCGAGGCCAUCCGCAACAUUCACAAAGAUAUGGAUGAUGAUGCAGACGGCAGCGUGGAUGUGACAGAGACGGAUGGGUUUCUAAGGGAAGACUUGAAGUACCACGACCCAAAAGGAAAACACAACAGUUUCCAUAGAGCAGAUCUGUUGAUCACAGUGGAGGAAAUGUGGAAGUCCUGGAAGGCCUCUGAAGUGUAUAACUGGACAGUAGAGAAAGCUGAAGAGUGGCUCAUCGGUUGUGUGGAGUUACCUCAGUAUGUUGAUUCCUUCAGGAAGAAUGACAUCAGUGGAAAAGCUCUUCCCAGACUUGCAGUGAAAAAUGCCACCCUGCUUCUGUCCGUGCUGAAGAUACCAGACCGCAGUCAUGCACAGAAACUACAGCUGAAGGCUCUGGACACAGUGCUUUUUGGACCUCCAAUGAGCAAACACAGUCACUUGAAGGACUUGAUGCUGGUGGUGUCUAUCGUGAUCGGUGUGGGGGGCUGCUGGUUCGCCUACAUGCAGAACCGGAAUUCUAAGGACCAUGUUAGCAAGAUGAUGAAGGACCUCGAAGGGCUUCAGAGAGCUGAGCAGAGCCUACUGGACCUGCAGCAGAAGCUGCAGAUUGCACAGGAAGAGCAUCACACGGUGGAAGAGGAGAAGGUCAAUCUGGAGCGGGAGAUGCGAAGCGAGAUUGAUGCAGCCAAGCAGGAGGCACAAAGACUACGAGAACUGCGUGAGGGAACUGAGAACGAGUUGAGCAGACAGAAAUAUGCAGAGCAGGAGCUGGAACAGGUGCGAAUGGCUCUGAAGAAGGCUGAGAGGGAGCUGGAGUUGAGGAGCGGCUGGGCUCCUCCUGAAGCUCUGCAGAAAUGGCUGCAGCUCACACACGAGGUGGAAGUGCAGUACUACAACAUUAAGAAACAGCAAGCAGAAAGACAGCUCAUAGUGGCUAAAGAAGGGGCAGAAAAAAUCAAGAAGAAGAGAGGAACACUCUUUGGGACGUUCCACGUGGCCCACAGCUCUUCACUGGACGAUGUUGAUCACAAAAUCCUCUCAGCCAAACAGGCUCUGGGAGAAGUGACUGCUGCUCUGAGAGAAAAGCUUCAUCGAUGGCAGCAAAUUGAGAUUCUGACGGGGUUUAAUAUUGUUAAUAACCCUGGCAUGUCGUCUCUGGCCUCUGCCCUCAACCUGGACCCUGCUUUCCUGGGCAUACGCCCCGCUGUACCCCAACACCUACUGCUAUCCGAUGACCUAGACGACAUGGACGAGGACAUACUUUCCCCAGGAACCCUACAAUAUGCCGCCUGGCAGAUGGAUCGGCGAGUGAGCGACCUUUGGCCCGUGGCUUCUGAGAGCCAAUCCCUGUGGAAACCAAUCCCUUCUGCUCCUAGCCUAAUGUCCCUGCGGCCACGACACGGAGACCCCACGCUGAACCUGAGCUCACAGAGGGAUCUGAACCGGUCCGAAUCGGAUUCCUCCCUUUCGGUGUCUCAGUACGGAGACGCCCAGCGCUGCACCUCAACUCCACUCUACAAUAAGCUGUCCAGAUCCAACAGUGGUUCCUCCACCAACAGCCCUCUGCUGCAGAAAAAGACCUUUGGCAUGGAGAAGUGUGCCAGUCUCGGAGAGAUCCGCUCUCAGCCGUCUAGCCUCAACUCAGUCGACUCGAUGCGCUCUCUCAUCUACACCUCCGAGCAGGACGGCCCGUCAUCGCCUACAGGAAAGGGUGGUAACCGAAUCUCUCAGAUCACAGGCAAGAAAAUCCUGGUGGACGAGGACAGCGGCUCCACAGGAGACGACACUGAAGGCUCCAGCACGGGCCGCAAGAAGCACACCUUUACCAAACUCUUCAAGAGGCCGAAGAAAUAACAGCAGUAUGGGGAAAUGCCAAACAUAACAGGACUAAGACUAGCACAAUGGUACUUUUUAACCUUGAAGAGUUUUAGUAAGAACGUAAUUUAUGUGGAAUUUUUGAUUUAUGACCAACGGGAACAGAAACAGUCAUUUGUUGGGAACAGGUAUGAUAUCACUGUACAUUUAUUUAUUACUAGAUUUUUGGUGUGAGAGUUUCUUCUGUUUUUAUUUGUAGUUAGCGUGAGCUGGAGCUUUCACUCUCAAAGCAAACACAUGCAAAGGCUUUCAGCACAUACAAAUGACUUCACCUACUCUAUGCUGUUGGUUUACAUAGGAUUUGCUUGGACUUCUUUCGUUUUCACAUGCAGCAGCCAAUCAUUGUGUCCCCCUGCUGAAAGCACACCACCGUAUGACCCAGUCCUUGUACGCAGCAACUGUGCGCGUGUAUUGGCGGAUGUUACUUGCUUUAGGAUUCUCCUUCUGUUAUCAAAAUCUGUUUUAAAAUGUUUUAAACGUGUUACUUCCUCACAGAGGAAAUAGGUGCCUUUCAUUUUAAGCAUUGCCAAAUGUUAUUGCAGUGAACUGCCUUUGUGUGAGCCACAGACAGGAAAUGUACUGUAGUUCUCGUCUCUGGCUUGUAACUACAUGCCUUUAACUUGAUUCAUGCUACAUGCCACUGAAGUCCUUUCAUACCCGAGAAGUAAUAAAAUAAGAUAUAAAAAGGGAGGGUAUUUUGCGAAUUAAAAGUUGUGUGCUGACAUAAACUGGGGAGUUUCUUUUCUUGACAAAAACAGUAAGCUUUACAUUUUUAUAUAAAUUUUGUCAUUACUGUAUUAGCUAUUUUUUUUCACAUUCAAUUUUAAUUUUGGCAGUCUUCGUAAGGAAAUUUAAAGGCCAGAUUAUUAAUUGUAUAUUUAA